CAAUCAAUGAGUUCUACAAGAGCAAAAUUUGCGACCGAGACUGGUUUUACGCUGUUCAUCCCUUGAUUGAUACGGUUUCUCGCCGGCACUAUUACGACACAACUUGCAUCGAGAUGUCAGACGCACUCAGCGUGGUGGCUAGCUUACUGGGCUUUGCGAGCUUUUUAAAGACUGCAAUGAACUGCGUCACCGGCUAUGAGAGGACUGUAGAGAUUAGACGGUAUUUGGAGGCUUUGGAAAGAACGCGGAACUCCAUAAUGCUUAUGUCUCAGUUUCUCACGGAUUCUGGCGUUGACCAUGCCACUAACAUUGUCCAUGGUUUUACAUCCAGAAUCGGGUCCCAGAUUUCUGACGUUUAUCCUGAGGUCGAACGUGUGACAAGGGCGGCGAUGGAAAAGGGAUCAUUUACAGAGGGCAAUUUCGACUUGAAAAUUGCUGCUGAACGCCUGAUGAAGCUUGCGGACGACUUCGACUCUACGACACCACUGCUUCGCAAUUUAGAACAUACCUUGAGGUUGCGUCGGAUUGAGGCUCGUCUAGAUGCUGUCUUCGAGCUAUCCGGUCAAACAGCGGCGGGGAGUAAGGCAGCGUGGGACACCAUACAAUUGAUAGAGAAGAGGAUCAAGGUCGGUGCGAAUGAGGAAGAAGAACUUGCAAAGGCAAUUGAAAGAUGGGAUGAGAUGAACCCCGACUCGUCAAUCCAAGAGAGAGCGAAAAGCAUAGAGGCUAUACGUGAUGUGCUCAAGAUCACACUAGGAAGCCUGCAAGCUUUCAAGAACGACCCCAUGUCACUUCCAUUCGUCAUACCUGUUCCGGCUGCAGAAGACGUUCAGGCACGUGUAAAGUUGGACACGGGAAGCCGGUGGAAUUGGAUCAGCUCCGAGGUAUUAAGAAAAGCUGGUAUAUCUUUCGAAGCCCGUGAAGACCUAGGAGAACUUACCGGGGCAGGCAGAGAUCCCCUCACAUUUAAGCCGCUUGGUAGGGUUUCAGUCACAUGGCUCUCAACGAAUCAAGCCCUCAGCAAGACCGACGAUUUCCUGGUCCAUGACCCCAGCUAUAUACCCUGCGAUGUUAUUCUCGGCGAGACGUGGAUUUUCAAUGAUCUUGCCCGCCACCAAAUCUCGGAGCCCGUGCUUCAAAUCAGACAGCUGAUUACCAAAGAGCAGAUUCUAGAGGUCGAAACACAAGCCAAAAGAGAUGGCGCCAGCAACGCUCAAGUGAUCAAACUUCAUUCGGAGGUAGACAAAGUAAAGCGGGAAGAGAAGCGGCGUAUGAAACUAGCUACCAGAGCAGCUUAUAGAGCACUCACGCCAAUGUCUGGGGUGUCACCUUUAACUUCUACAACCCCCCUUGGUGUUACACGGCGCGCAAGCAUGACGUCUGUUUCUCGGUCACUCUUAUCGGAUCAUGCGCGCUUGACGCCAGAAACCACUCGAUCGACGGAAAAUGUGUUCUCGUUAACUGAGGAUGUAAGGAAUACCUCCUCGCGGGUUUCGGGCUUGAUAUGAAUCAUCAUGUGCUCAGUGAAAGACUUGAAAUUUAGUUAUUCGACUUAUAAACGGCUCACUGUAGCAGAAAAUAGGGAAAGUAUGAUUAGGAUACGAUACGAAGGUAAUUAGUGAGAGAAAGUACUAGGAGGCCAACCUUGUCAUGUAGCGCUCUUUCAUUUAAGGUAGUGAGCAAUACACCUAUCCGAUAUCCUUGUAGUAA